AUGGAAGCGGCAUCCGUAGAGACACCUGCGGAUGUCCUCGACGGAAUUAUCGUUGCCCUUGACUUGGUCAUUCGUCGCACGGACAACAAAAAGUACGACAAACGCCUCGUCGUGAUCACGGACGCCGCCACUCGCAUAAACAAUCCGUCAGACAUGGAGGUCGUGUGCACGAUGAUUCAAAACCUCGAAGUACACCUUCAAAUCAUGUCGUUCGACUUCAUUCUAACGAACCACUUUUACUGCAGUGGCAUCGACUUUGGAAUGGAUACGAAGCAUGAACAGCCUGACGGGGUAAAAGAUGAAGCUGUUGCCGCAUCAUUCAUCAAGUCGGAGAAUGAAAAGAUGUUGCAUUCGAUUGCGACGGAAGUCCAAGGAGAAGUCCAGUCCGUGUCGAAACGGAUGGAUUUCCUCGCCCAAAGCAAACUCAAACCCGUGCUUCAAACGACGAAAAUGCGCGGGAGCUUAGAAUUUGGCGAAAAUCUUUUCAUUCCUGUGUACGUAUUUGGCAAAGUUCUGGAAGCGACGAUCCCGUCGCUACAAAAAGAAUCGCAAGUCGCCAAGAAGAGCUCCACGUUUUCCGAGGACGACGUGCCCGGAAAAGUUCGCAUGGAGCGCAGCUACUUUGCCACGGCCCAACCUGACGAAGAGUUGCCGCCGGAGCGACGCAUCAAAGCGUACAAGUACGGUUCAGAAAUGAUUCCUUUUUCGACAGCCGAUCAGGCAGCGUUGAAGCUCCUCACGACGCGCGGGCUGAAGAUGGUCUGGGCAUGA